AUGGACAAUCAAGGCGACCCGCCUCCAUUUGAGUAUCAACAUCUCCCUGGCCAAAGCCAUAUCCGCCUCCUCGAAAGACUAGACAAAGCUUCAGAUGGCACCCUGAGAUUCGCCAUCAAGCUGCGGGAAAUUGACCAGGGACCGGAAUUUCAUUGCAUCUCAUACACCUGGGGCAAUCCAUUCGCACACGGAAACCAAUUUCGCGAGCAUUUCGACUCUGUUGCGCCCCAGUAUGCUUGGUCAAAUAAAAUUCCGAUUCUCGUCAACGACAGGCUACUGUACAUUCACAAGAAUCUCCACGAUGCGCUGAGCUUAUUGCCACAAGAUGCCUACGUUGAGUACAUGAAUCGUCCUAUGGACGGCAGAAAUGGCCAAUCGUACCUUCACGUUGCUGCGUGUAAUGGUCGAACCGAACACGUCAAAGUCUGGCUGAGGUGCGGUGCCAAUCCUCACAGGACGGACAAUGAUGGCCGAACUGCCCUGCAUUAUGCGGCGGACGAAGGACAUGUUGACUGUGUUAAGACGCUACUAUGCUACGAUGCAUUGAAAGAUGCUCAAGAUAAUGACGGCGGCACUCCCCUUUCUCUCGCCAUGGCCAAAGGACACGACAAUGUAGUCGACAUACUACAGACUUCAUCGAGCUCGGAACUGGGAGAAAGAGAUCCACCAAUUCGACCCGAUAAGCUCGUCUGGGCAGACGCAAUCUGCAUUAACCAAGCUGACGUUGAGGAAAAGUCCGCCCAAGUGAGCAUGAUGGACCGAAUCUACUCAACAGCCACGUAUGUAACCGCAUGGCUUGGCCCGCACGACUCUCACUCUAGCCUUGGAAUCCAGACCCUCAACACACUACACUCUCAUCUCGCCCAGUUCCAAGAUAGCAGAAUUGAACCAUUUAGCGGCCUUGAUAAAGAAGAGUAUACCAAAUCCAACAUCCCGGUGAUAUCAUGGCCAGAAUGGGUUGCUCUAGCCAGCAUAUAUCAACGCCAAUGGUUCAGCCGAGCCUGGAUCGUCCAGGAGGCCAUCCUACCAACAGUGCUUCUCAUGUACCUUGGCUCGGACACCAUAUCCUGGGCACACCUGGGCGACGUAUCGGCCACUCUUCGAAGAAACGAAGCAAAGCUCGGCACGGCGAGUUCCACCGCGUUUGUGCCUGAGCAGGACGCCGCGGUGCCAGUCGUCUGGAAUAUGGCCGAGGUUUCCAAGUGGCGGCAGACGAAGAGCAACGCCAACCGAACAGACAUCAGCAAUGCCCAUGAAUUUCGGGGACUAUUCACGCUGCGAGAAAUGGUGUAUAAUUUCUGGACAUUUCUGGCUUCGGACUCGAGGGAUAAAAUCUUUGCGUUUUACGGGGUGCUCAACAUGUUUUCCAGCACAAGAUGGCAAGCGAAUUACCGGCUAUCAUUGGCAAGUGUAUACACAUCCGCAGCAAGGGAGAUUAUCCGCGAAGAGGGAAAUCUACAGACCCUCUCGGCAUGUGUAUACCCGUUAAAGAGGAUAGGGAAUCUGCCCACGUGGGUUCCGGACUUUAGUCUACCUGCCAUCAAUGGCAUACCCAGCCAAUUCUCUGCCGACGCUGGCCUCACGUACACUUCACCGGAAAACAACACGCCAGACUCAACCAAGCUUCAUGUCCAAGGCACAAAAGUUGGCACCAUAUCCCGCGUAUCCGGCCGUCGCGGCACGGGACCAUCUGAAAAACUGCUCUUUGACAGCUCAUGGCUCACCAUGCUCCUGUCCCUCCGCGACAACGGCGGCUACGGCCCGAACCCAAACCUCUCUGAAAUCCUGUGGCGAACUCUGUGCAUGGACAUGUCGUACGGAAGCCAAUUCGACCCCGAAGCGUACGGUUCCCACGCUCCCGCCGACUUUGCCAGCCAGUUCCAGACAUUCAUGCUUCUCAUCAUUCUGUCUGAAGCGGAUCGCCUGACCCUGCAGCACUUGGACCUCCCCAUAUCUACCAAGAACAGCGUCAUAUUCAGCGACACCCCAUACGAUGCAAUGAGCACAGAUCUCAGCUCUACCCUCGAUGACAUCGAGGCAAUCACGUCUCAUGACGGAGAAAACUGCUCUUUGCCGUCGCGACAAGAGAUUCUGCAUUAUUGGAAUCACUUCAUCUUCUCGCUCGUUCGAACUACAAACGGGACGGAAGACGGGCCCAAGGACUUUUACCUGCCGCCGGGAGUGGAGCAGGGGACACACCGUCCCGUGGGAAAUGGCUUCGUCAACAUGAGUUCGCGGUUGGCGAGGCGCUGCUUUGGAUUUAGCAGGGCGUUUGGGCUGGUGUACGGCGGGAGGCAGUUACUUACGGUUGAUGACAAGUUUCUCGGCAUGGGGGCACUGUCUGUACGGGAAGGGGAUGAGGUUUGGGUGUUGUCAGGGUUGAAUGCCCCUGCCGUGUUGAGGGUGUCAGAUGCUGCUGGGCAUGCUGGGGGGACAUAUGAAUUUAUUGGGUCGUGCUAUGUUCAUGGCUUGAUGCACGGCGAGGUUGGCCGUGGCGGAGACGUGUCCCUGGUGGAUAUUGAGCUGGUAUGA